CUGUGUCUCUCUACUGCCAACAAGUACAUACUGCUGUGUAUUUCUCUGCACAGCGGAGAAAUACACAGCCACCUUCUGCACACUGCUUUGAGUGAAGCACAGGGACACAACACAGAGUAAAACACAGAGUUAACCCUUUGAAUGCCUCAUAUGUUAACCCCUUCCUGAACAGUGUCAUUAGUACAGUGUCAGUGCUUUUUUUUUAGCACUGAUCACUGUAUUGGUGUCACUGGGGAUGUCAGUGACACCAAGUCAGUUGCCCCCAGUGUCAGAAUGCCCACCGCAGUCCCGCUAUAAGUCGCUGAUUGCCGCCAUUACUAGUAAAAAUUCAAAAAUAAAUCCCAGUAUAUAUUCUGCCAUUUUUAAAGGCUAUAACUUUCAUGUAAACCAAUUAAUU